GCGUCGCGACGCGCCGCCGCCGCCGCCGCCGUUGGGUCUAAAGCCGCGCUCGCGCGAGAUCUAAAAACAGUAUAGGCAAAGACGCGGCGCGCGCCACCACCGAUACUUGACGCUCGACUCUCUCUCUCUCUCUCUCUCUCUCUCUCUCUCCACAUAGCAGACACACACUUUGUACGAACAGAUCGCGCGGAGGCAGCACAGUUGUUGCGCGCGACUCGCGGAGCGACGAGGACGACGAGACACUGCUGCUGCCGAGAGAGCUGUCGAGCCCCGGAGAGGUGCCUUAAUGCUGCUGCCGAGGAGCGCGAGCGACGGACGCAGGAGGCGCGAGGACAAGAGGAAGAAGAUCGUUUACAGGAGGCCUCUUACCACCGCCACGGCUAUCGUUCGCGACAACAAUCGCCUUGUCGGAAUUUGAAUUUUUAUAACGGAGAAACGCCGGCUGAUAGCGCGCGCUGUUUUCGAAAUUCAAACUUUACACAAAAGUACUAAGAGAGAGAGAGAGAGAGAGAGAGAGAGAGAUAUGCAACCACCCUCGCAAGACACGGAGAUGGCCCAGUUACCGAGCGACUCCAAGCCCGGGAUGUACGCUGAGGAGAGCAACGGGAUCAAGGGCAGCGGGCAGCCCCUCAGACCUAGCGUAGCCCAACUGACGGUGAAAGCCGGUUGCAAGCAGGAGGGCCGCAAGCUCUUCCAGUACCUCGCGACCCUCAUCGCCGGCUCGAUAAUGGCCCAGAGCGGCAUGAACCUGGGUUGGACGUCGCCGGUGCUGCCGCACAUCAGCAAGAACACGACGAGCUUCCACAUCGAGGGUCUGCUGGAGGACGGCGACGAGAGCUCCUGGAUAACGUCGCUGAUGCCGCUGGGAGCGAUCCUGGGCGCGGUGCCGUCGGGCAAGGCUGCCGACAGGUUCGGACGCAAGCCCGUGAUCGGCGUGACCGUGCUGCCGUUCCUUAUCUGCUGGGUCCUCAUGCUCCUCGCGCCGACGGUCCAGGCGGCCUACAAGCUCGCGGUGCCGCUGCUCUACGUCGCCAGGUUCUUCGGCGGUAUAGGAGCCGGCGCCGCCUGCGUCCUGGUACCGGUCUACAUAGGCGAGAUAGCCGAGCCCUCGAUCCGAGGCACCCUCGGCACCUUCUUCCCCAUCUUCUUCUCCCUGGGCAUAGUCUUCUCCUACAUCGCCGGCGCCUACAUGAGCUUCCUGGCGUUCAACGGGCUGUGCUGCGCGCUCCUGCUGCCGUUCCUCGUAAGCGUCGUCUUCUUCCUGCCCGAGUCGCCCACCUGGCUGGUCCAGAAGGGCAGGAAACCGGAGGCCUGCAAGGUGCUCAGGAGCCUGAGAGGCUCCAAGUACGACGUGGGAGAGGAGAUCGCCGAGCUGAUAGAGGAGUGCGAACAGAUGCAGAUCAAGGAGGGCGGCCUGAAGGACCUGCUCGGCACCAAGGCCGGCCGCAAGGCCAUCGGCACCUGCGUCGGCCUCAUGUGGUUCCAGCAGAUGUGCGGCAUCGACGCGGUCCUCUUCUACACCGUGCAGAUCUUCGAGGUCUCCAAGAGCUCGGUCGACGCCAACGUCGCGACCAUCAUCAUCGGCAUCAUCGAGGUAGUCAUGGGCCUCAUCGUCGCCGUCACCAUCGACAGGUUCGGCAGGAAGCCACUGCUGGUAUUCUCAGGCUCGGCGAUGACGCUGUGUCUGGGCGUGCUGGGCUACUACUACCGGAUGAUGGAGGACGGCCAGAACGUGGACUCGCUGACCUGGCUGCCCCUGACCUGCAUCGGCAUGUUCAACGUGGUCUUCUCGCUGGGCUACGGCUCGGUGCCCUACUCCAUCAUCAGCGAGCUCUUCCCACCUGAGACCAAGGGCAUCGCCGGCAGCAUCAGCAUCAUGACCAACUGGUUCCUCGUCUUCCUCGUCACCCGGACCUUCCACAUGCUCACCAAGGCUCUGCACGAGUCGGUGACCUUCUGGCUCUUCGCGUCGGUCUGCGCGAUGGCGGCCCUCUUCGCCUACGUCUACGUGCCGGAGACCAAGGGUAAGACCCUCCACGAGAUCCAGAUGAAGCUGGCCCGUCGCAAGAAGCGCGACAAGCGCGACAAGCGCGAGCUCGCCGGCGAUACCAAGCCCAUGCCCCUGGCACCGGCUUGAAUCCGACGACGAAGACACGUCGUCCAUACGGCGGGACUAUAUCCGGAGGUCCACAUUUUGCGCGACUGGCUCGCCAAGAUAUCAGUCUCCGAUCGGUCGGAUCGGUAUCUUUGCGCGAUACGCCAAGAUCGGCUCUCUAUAGUAUUCUUAUGCUGCCGAGGGACGGCCAAGUAUUCAAUCCAAUAAGCGACAUAUUCGUCAUACGUAUUAUUUCUGUCUAGUUGAGCCAAACUGAAUAUAAAAAACAGUAUACGAACGAAGAUGAGAUGAAACGGUGAUGGAUAUAGGUAUACUUUUUCUACGCAGUCACCCCCCGCCCACACACGUUAUACCUACGCUAUAUCUAUAUCCAUCCGUUGCUGUGUGUGCGACGCGACACGAUGUAGUCGAAGUUAUCCGCUUUGCCAAAUUCACGAGGUACUUAUGUGUCUAUAUCCGAGAAGAUAAGCCGCAUACAAGUGAAGCGCAGACUAUAUGUUAUCAUUAUAAAUGAUCGUAUUGUUUUUAAUUUAAUAAUUAAUUUACGCUACGGCGAUGAUUUUUCGUCCUAGUAUUGCUCGUUUAUAUACAUAGACACUGCGGGGAGAUGUGUAGAAAGAGAGAAGAACGUAGUCGCUCGCGUUUUUACGGUAUUUUUAUAGAUCUCUUGUAAGUAGCUGUAAUAAAAGCAUAUCUAUAGGCAGGAGUAUGAUUAUGUAUAUAAAUAACGAUACACGUGGACGCUCAGGCUGUUCCUGUAAAUAUUCUUAUUACCGCGCAUAUAAACGUAUAGUAAUAUAGAAAACACGUUACGGACAAAAAACGAGCGUGAUCAUCGAGAGAAGAAAGAGCAACAACCGACAAAUGUAGCGAAAGUAAACAAAACAAUUUAACCAUGUUCGUAGUGUGCAAAAGUGCGACGAGGUGAUUGUGGGACUACCUUUCAAUAAAAUCGAAUAUACCAAUUA